CCUCCUGCUCAAAAGCGCGACCAGCCAUUGGGAGCGUUCCCCGCCGCUCAUUUUGUCUUCCACUCCUACUGGACCUGAGGCCUGUCUGUCACUCUUUCCACCAUACGAACCCGCCUCCCUCCCUGUCGCUCAUUGGCGGAAGCUCCCCGGGCCGGUGUGUGAGUAGAUAGCCUGAGGCUCCUCCGGGUAGCGGUCGAGCUACCCUAGCGGGCAGGAAAGGUCACUGGCCCGUGGGCCGCUCUAGUCCGGAACUAGAACUGCAACCUAUACACGCCUGAGCCUUUGAAGUGAAUAGUCCGUGGCCGCUUUCCAGUUGUGGCUAGUGCUUCAAACUCUGAUAACUGGCUGCGAUACCCAAUUCAAACAUGACCAUAGGGCCGUGUACAUCCUUGGACAUAGCAGAAGGUCCAAGCUUGGCCAGUGCGUAGCCCUGGGUCCCACCUGAGUUCGGACACUGGCUACGGCCGGAACUUAGUCUCAGGGCCCUAGUUUCUGGUCGGCGGAGGCGCUCAGCGGCCCGAUCGACGGAAGUAGGCUCGGAGGGUCAGGGCCUAAGCGGACUAGAGAUGGCGCCGCCGGCAGGUGGGGCAGUAGCGGCCGCGGACUCCGGCUCUGCCACGGUGCUCCUGGCUGUGCACGCUGCAGUGAGGCCGCUGAGUGCCGGGCCGGAUGCGGAGGCCCAACUUCGGAGGCUGCAGCUGAGUGCGGACCCCGAGCGGCCCGGGCGUUUCCGGCUGCAACUUCUGGGCGCGGUACCUGGGGCGGUCAGUUUGGAGUGGCCCUUGGAGUCAGUCUCUUACACCAUCCGCGGCCCCAGCCAACACGAGUUGCAGCCUCCGCCCGGAGGGCCUGGAACUUUCAGCUUACACUUCCUCAACCCUGAGGAAGCUCAGCGGUGGGCAGCCCUGGUGCAAGGUGCCUCCGAGGAGGAACAGAAUGGUAGUGGCAGUCCACCCCUAGGCCUGGGCCCAGAAAUAUGCCCCGUUUCCCUGCCCAGUCCCCCUGGGGCCCCAACACUCAAAGCACCUCAGUCUCAGGCAAAUAUGACCUGGAGCCCUGGAGACUUGUUGGAGAAAGAAGAGCUGGCUGGGGACCUGACCCAGGCCAUUGCACGUGGAGACGAGAAGGGGGCAGCUCAAGUGGCAGCAAUCCUGGCCCAGCAUCAUGUGGGCCUCAGUGUCCAGCUCCAGGCAGCCUGCUUCCCACCUGGUCCUAUCAGGCUGCAGGUCACAGUUGAAGACGCCAUAUCUGCUAUGUUCUCAGCAUCCUCUGCCCACAUCUCGCUGCAGGUCCACCCUCACUGCACCAUUGCAGCUCUCCAGGAACAGGUGUUCUCAGAGUUUGGCUUCCCACCUGCUGUGCAGCGCUGGAUCAUUGGGCGAUGGCUGUGUGUGCCUGAGCGCAGCCUUGCUUCUUAUGGGGUCCAGCAGGAUGGGGACCCUGCCUUCCUCUACCUCCUUUCAGCCCCCCGAGAAGCCCCAGGACGCAGCCCUCAGUGUCCCCAGAAGAUGGAUGGGGAACUAGGACACUUGUUUCCCCAGACAGUGGGGCUGCCCCAAGGCCCCCAGCCAGCCAGUUCCUGCCUCCCCAGUCCCCUUCAGGUGGGCAAGGGACCAGUGUGGGUAGGGGUGGGCCAAACCUGGACAGCUGUGGUCACUGGAAGGAGCAGAAAAGCAACAGAAGUCUCCCCACCUCCCUACCCUGGCUGGCCCUGUCCUUCCUGCACCUUCAUCAAUGCCCCAAGCCGCCCAGGCUGUGAGAUGUGUAGCACCCAGAGGCCCUGCCCUUGGAAUCCCCUUCCUACAGCCUCCACCUAAGAACUGUCAAAGGUUACUGAGAAUGUGGGCAUUCUCUCACAGAUCCAAGUUCCUGGAUCACCUCCUGAACUUCUCAGGGGACUUCCACUGGGUGCUCACUGGGGACAAAGCCACCAGGGUUGUGUGUGUAUGUGUGAGGGGCCAUGGGCCAGUCAUUAAAAACAUAAGCCAG